AUGUCAUCGGACAACGUCGUGUUGAAGAAGGCGAGACUGGUCCAACAAGAAGCACAGACUGAGAAAGAGGAGGAGCGAAGAAGAUGGGAGGAGAUGGACACAAAUUGCUUAGCAAAUGCGUUCAGCAAAGCUGGAAUGGAGUCACUCCUUUUGGCAGUCCCUUUUGUCUGUAAGUCCUGGUACAAAGCUAGCCUCAGUCCUUUAUGCUGGACAAGUCUUUCCUUUCCGGAUUAUAGACCUUCUCCUUUGUUUGUUAAUACCGUUGAAGAAAUCGAAACGAUUCCUCGGAGUUUCGGUUUGUUUUAUGAUAAGUUUGUAGACGAAUAUGGAAUCGACAAGAGUCGGUUUUCGAUCACUGCUUUUGUUAAGUUUAUAGUUGAUCGUAGCAAAGGGAAGGCCACUCAACUCAAGCUACCCAUGUACAGUACAGAAGCAACUCUUAGAUAUGUUUCAGACGCGUGUCCUCUGCUCAAAGAGUUCUCGUUUGAGGAUGAUUUGGUCAUGUUCAAGCAUUCUCAGAUUCUCCCUGAAGUGAUUGGGAAGUAG